AUGAAAUACUUUUUUCAUCUAACUCUUAUUUGGAUCCUGUAAUAGUUCAUAUAUGUUUAUUCAAAAAAUCUACUAAUUGCUAGAGAAUUUUUGAAUAGUGGAGAUCCUGUAGUUGGCUGGACAUAUACAAAUAAAGAACAAUGCCAAGGAUAACUUAUAGAAGCAAAUAAAAUGGUAUAUAUGCUAAGUAGUAGUUAGAAAUCUUCGUCAAAGACAUACACUAAUCUUCCAAAUCAUUAUAGAUUUGAAAUUAGAAUUGAUUUUUUAGUAGUUGAUAGUCCUUAUGGACCUGUAUCUUUCUAAGUUGAUGGACAAACCUUAGCGUCAUAUAAUUUUUAUUCUCCUGGGUCAGCUUUGACUAUUUGUGGAAAUUAAUCAACCAAAGAUACAUAUGAAAGAGUUUAAUAUAAAAGACUUCAUUCUUCUUCCUCCUUAACAGUUACUAUAAAUCAUAACCUCGGUUCUGGUAGUAAGCUUGGUAUUACAGAUUUAUAAUUAUACUUAGAUACUUGUCAUCCUUUUUGCAAGUCAUGUAAUGGACCAGAUUAAAACAAUUGCACUGGCUGUGCAUCUGGCCAAACAUUAUCUGCUGGAACUUGCACAUGUCCUGGAUCAUAGCUAAUGUAAAAUGGAAGUUGCGUAUCAAGUUGUGCUCCACCUUAAAUGGCUAGUGGAAAUACAUGUGUUGACGAUCCUUGUUAAAUAAAUUGCUCUGCUUGUAGCGCAAGUGGACCUAGAUAAUGCACUAAAUGCUCAGGUAGCAAUAGAUUAUUUAAUGGGAAUUGCAUCGCUUAGUGCCCUUCAUUUACUGACAACAUAAAUGGUGUAUGUAUUGAUAUGCUUUAAAAUUAUUGGAAUGGAUACUAUUUGUUCAAAGGUUUCUUUGAACCAGACUUCUCAUCCAUUUCAUUUGAAAAUUAUGGAUUUACUGCUAACUAUUUUGAUCCAAGUGGAAUUGUACCUGAUUCAGAAAUGGCAUUAUACACUGAUUGUUAUGGGAUUAGAGUUUAUGCAGGAUUUGGAAUUUAUGGAAAGAAUGUGUAAAUAAGUAACUAAUGGCCUAUACCAUGGAAACAUAGUUCUGUUUUAGUAAAAAUGAAAUACGUUUAAGUCGAGAAUUAUGAAUUUAAUGGAGGUGUACCAGAAAAAUUGAGUAUUAACUUAAAUGAUUAAGAGGAAGCUUUUUUAAUAAAUGGAGGUACAGAUUUAGGUUGUGGUAGAUUAGAUUAAGGUGAAAGUAUGGGAUGGUUGACCGCUAAUACCACUUAAACUGUAUAAGAUGGAUUUUUGAAACUAACAAUAACCAAUAAUUUUGGAGACCCUGCUUGGUAUGAAGGGUAUGCAUUUAGAGAGCUAACUAUUAUAGUAGCAAAGUGUGUUGACAACUGUACAAAAUGCACUGAUUAUGAUGGCUGUAUUUAAUGUGAUCCUGGAUUUUACUUAUACAGAGCUUAAUGCUAUGCAAAUAAAUGUCCAGAUGGUUCAUAUUAAGACAAAACCAAAUUACCUUUACUAGUUUGUGCUGAUUGUGAUAAUACAUGUUUGACAUGUAGUGACUCUGGGCCUCUGAAAUGUGUUACUUGUUCAACUCCUCCUCGUUUAUUUAAAUCAAAUUAAUGUGUUGUAGAUUGUGGAAACUAAUUUUAUCCUGGAACAACUAAGUGUUUACCAUGUGAUUCCACUUGCUUUAAUUGUUCUGGACCUUCAAGUAGUCAAUGCACAAGUUGUUCAUCUGGUAGAUUUUAUUUAGUUUCAACGCAUUAGUGCCUUUUGAAUUGUCCACCUGGAUUUUACAAUGAUGCCUCUAAGAAUGUUUGCUCUCCUUGUAAUGCUUAAUGCUAUACCUGUCAAGGUCCUAGUGCUAAUGAAUGCCUUACUUGUGAACCUCCAAAAAUGUUUCUUACUGUAAAUUCUUGUGGCCCUGGAUGUGCAGCAGGAUAUUUUGGAAAUACUGCAAAUUAAGUUUGCACUCCCUGCUAGUCACCUUGUUAAACAUGUGUAAAUACUGCAACAAACUGUGUAACUUGUGUUACAAAUUAUUAUCUUUAAAACGGUAAUAAAUGUUUAACUACCUGUAAUAACAGAUUCUUCCCUAACUCAGUAACAAAUACAUGUGAUCCAUGCAAUGUUCUUUGUGUGAAUUGCAAUGGUCCUAAUUCUAAUUAAUGCACAUCUUGUGAUGCAAAUACUGGAUUUUUAUAAAAUUCAACAUGUGUUAGCUAAUGUGCUAUUGGUACUUAUGGUGAUACAAAUACUUAUACUUGCAAGCAAUGUGAUACAUCUUGCUAUGCUUGCUAAGCUCCUGGUGACAGUACAAGCUGCACAAAAUGCUUUGCACCUAAUUUUUUAAAUAAUCUUGGUUAGUGUAAGCCUACUUGCCCUAAUUAGUUUUAUGGUGAUAAAUCUAAUUUGGUUUGUAAACCUUGUCACCCAACUUGCCUAUAAUGCACUGAUGGUAACAGUACAUCUUGCACUAAAUGUGAUGUUGGAAGAUAUUUAAGCAGUGGGCAGUGUUUGCUAAAGUGCCCUGAUGGAACAUACCCAGAUAAUGUAAAUUAAAUUUGUAACAAUUGUUAUUACACUUGUGCACAAUGCACAGAUAGCGUAUCUACAGCUUGUGUGACGUGUUAAAAUGGUAGGUUUUUUUAUGGUGGUUCUUGUUUUUUGAAGUGUCCAGAUGGAUAUUAUAAUGAUAUAAUGAGUUUAAGCUGCAAAGUUUGUGAUUCUACAUGUAAAACUUGUGCUGGUCCUGGUAAUAAUAUGUGUUUAUCAUGCAAAUCAGGAAAAUAUUUAAAUAAUAAUUUUUGUGUUCCUACUUGUCUUGAUGGAUACUACAUGGAUAAUAAUUCAAAUUAAUGCGAAAUUUGCUAUGCAACAUGCAAAACUUGUUAUGGUCCCCUUCCUGAUAAUUGUUAAACAUGUGCAGGAAAUAGAUAUUUAGAUCCUAUAAAUUUAACAUGUGUUUCAUAUUGUCCUUAAUCUUUUUUUGCAGAUUUGACGAAUCACAAAUGCAUUUCUUGUGACCCAUCUUGCCUCAAUUGCUAUGGAACUUUAUCUGAUUAAUGCUCAGAAUGCCCUAAUGGUACAUAUUUAUUAGAUGGAAAAUGCUAUACUGUAUGUAAGGCUGGUUAUUUCCCUGUAACUCAACCUAAUAUAUGUAGUCCAUGCCAUAAAUCUUGUGGAACUUGUACAGGUGCUCUUGAAAAUUAAUGCUUUUCAUGCAACAGUGGAAGAUACCAACUCGGAUAUGUAUGUCUAGAACAGUGUCCUGAUAACUAUUAUGGUGAAUCCACUUCUAAUUAGUGUAAGUAAUGUCACUCAAGUUGCUUCCUUUGCAACGGAGGAACAAAUAGUAGCUGCACAAAAUGUGUUAUUGGUAUGUAUUUGUACAAUGGAACUUGUGUUAAAAUUUGCCCAACUGGUUAUUUUGGAUCAGACUUAAAAGGAAAGUGCUUGUAAUGUGAUCCAACUUGUGCUACUUGUGACAAGACAAAUCCUAGCACAUGCUUUUCGUGUAUAAAUAAUUUUUACUUGUAUUAAAGCAAAUGUCUCUAGCAAUGCCCAACAGGAACAUUUGAAAGUACAGCAGUUGCAUAAUCAUAAGAUCCUUCAUCUUCUUAAUAAAUAAUAAACAUUUGCAAGAAUUGCUACUAUGGAUGUAAAACUUGCAAUGGAGAACUUGAUAAAAGCUGUUUAGUUUGGGACACAGUUGAAGUUUAUUAUUAAGAGUCCAAAAUAAUUUAUUGGAUUUUUGUUGGACAAAGCAUUUAUUCAACUUUUGCUUUCUUUUUUGGAUUUUACAGAGAUUACAAAUGUAAAUAAUAGGAAGAUAUAUUAGAAUAAGCAUAUGAAGAUAGAGAAGAUGCUUAACCAUUUAAUGAAAUUUCUUCUCCUGAUAAUAGAUAGAGGGAUAACUUAAAUAUAACAACAAAUAAUUCUCAUAUUCCAAUGAAAAAUAACUUCUAAAGAACAUAAAGAAGAAAAAGACCUAACACAAUAAUAUUGCAAGAACUAAACCCUUAAGAAAAUAAUUCACCUUAAAUUACGUAGCAAAAUACUCCAUAUAAUAAUGACGAAAACAAACAUACUUUAUAUGAUGAUAAAUCUUCAAUUCAUACAAUAUAACUUUAAAGCUAAUCUUUUAGUAAAAAUGACUCUAAAUUAGUGAAAAAUGGUACUUUAGGAACUAAUUAGUUUGUUAGUUUUUACCAGAGUAAUACAAAUAUACCUUCAAUCAGAAAAUUGUAGAGAUAACCUACCAUAGGAGGAACUGUUAAAACUGCAAUGAUUAUCCCUUAAAAUAAAAAGGAAAAAGAAGGUUUUGAAAUAAGUGGCAAUAAAAAUUUGUUCUUUUUCUAUUUAAAUUUCUUUUAGAUACUCAAUAUUCUAAUCAGAUAUGAUAAAUAUUUGAUCAGACCUCUUAGAGCAUUAAUUUUCUAUGCAAAAACAAUGCUUAUACUUUGGUUUACAUCAAGACUAAUGCCAAAUCAGCUUUAUGUAGUUUUUAGUUUAGUUACUCUUCUUUAGAUAAUUUAAUGUAUAUUAUCUAGCUUUUCCAGAUUUAUUUCUAAAAACUUGCCUAGAGCAGCAGCAAUACUUUUUACUUUGGUUGUCAUUGUAAUUAUGUAUAAGUUAUUUUGGUUUUUCCUUCCUGAGCUAUCAAUAAUUAACUACUCACAGGAUAGAAAUUGGUCUUUCCUUUACUUAUAUGCAAUUAGUUUUGAUUUAGGGUUAUUUUAACUAAUAUUUAAUGGAAUUUAAUAUUUCUAUACAAGGGAUAUAAUUAAAAGACCUCCAAUUACUUGGUCAAAAUCCAAAAAGGCUGCAUCAAAAAUAUUUUACAAUGACUCAGUAGCUCAAUGGUUGAAGUAAUUAUUAUGGAAAAAUGAAAGAAAAAAGAUGACAAUGAUUUGA